UAUAGAGCGACGGCAUUGCAGGAAACCACACGGAUUUUCCUCUGGAUUGUACAGUCUAUUCUCAUUCAUUUCGCGAUUCCAUAUUGGAUACAAGCCCAUUGUUGUGGGAUAGUAGUUCGAUAUCAUGUUGUCUUCAAUAGAGAUCUCACGGAAGAGGCGCGAUCAACGGCCACUGCACUCUCUCACCUAUAGGCUCGCUGCGCGUAGAGUUCUUCAUGAGCGAAGUAUUGCGAAUCUUUUGCUCGUCCUUGGAUUCUCUUAUGUCGCAGCCUUGUCUUCACAGUAUGUGCAUUUAGGACUCUUUGGGCUAUAUAAGGGGCUGUUUUCUCUAUACACGCUCGCCUUGACGGGUACAUUUUUUUUCUUUGGAGCAGCUCUGGUUGGAGUCAGGAAUGCACGAGUACAAGGCAGGUCUAUGAUUUAAACAACAAAAACUUGGAGUCAUCCUCACGAGAUCGACAUCGAUAGCAAC